GGCAGGGCAAAUCGAACUCCUUCUUCUUGGCAUGCAGUCAGAGCAGGAAGGGUGUUGGGUUCACUCAGGAGCCAACCUUGGGAGGAGAAUUUAGGGGAAUUCUUGCUCCCUGCUGAUCAGUUCAGGAUUCCUGCCUAGAAAUCUCCACUGGGUGAACUCCCAUCAGCUGAGCAGAAUGAAGCUGUUGGCUUGUAUCGUCUUGGCCUCUCUUGCUGCUGCUGCUACUGCACAUCUACACACAGACCCGACGCUGGAUAACCACUGGGAGCUCUGGAAGAAAACCUAUGGCAAACAAUACAGCCACAAGAAAGAGGAAGGGGAACGGCGCGUGACCUGGGAAAAGAACCUCAAGCUCGUUAUGCUGCAUAACCUCGAGCACUCACUGGGGCUGCAUUCCUAUGAGCUGGGCAUGAACCACCUGGCAGACAUGACCAGCGAGGAAGUGGCUGCUUUGUUAACUGGACUGAAACUUCCCCAUCGACCUGACCGGAAUUUCACCUACAGGCCACGGCUUGGCAGCAAAGUGCCUGACUCCAUGGACUGGAGGGACAAAGGAUGUGUUACGGAUGUGAAAAAUCAGGGGGCCUGUGGGGCCUGCUGGGCUUUCAGUGCUGUCGGUGCCCUAGAAGCCCAGGUGAAACUGAAAACUGGAAACCUGGUGUCUCUCAGCGCACAGAACCUAGUCGACUGUUCCACUAUGUACGGGAACUACGGCUGCAACGGCGGAUAUAUAACCAGAGCCUUCCAGUACAUCAUCGAUAAUAAGGGCAUUGAUUCGGACUCCUCCUAUCCAUACGCAGCUCAG